ACCACUACCACGGCUGCUGCUGGUUGCGUGGACAAUGACGAUAGAUGCCCCGAGUUUGCCGCUUCUGGAUACUGUUGGGCGGCGAACAUGAAGGGGUACCUUUCACUGUGCCCCCUCUCCUGCAAUGUUUCGGCGCUGUGUCACCCGUCCCUUGGCGACACCGACAUUCUCUGCAGACUCCACCGACUUCAUAACAAAUGCGACGAGGUGAAAGAAAACUGCUCUUACACAUGUGGCGAGGAACUUGGCAACAUCACAUGCCCCAUCCCACUGGCUCCUGACAACACCACAUUAUUGGUGCGAAGCGACACCUACCUUGGUCAGAUGGAACACAUUUGUACUGGGCAGAGCUGCACGGGGAACAGCGGUGGAGAGGCGCCUCAAUACUGUACGGAGAGCCGGACCUGGGUCGGAAACCAGCAUGGCGUCUGUACAAGGAUCUGCAAGGAUAGCAUGACCCGGGGCUGGUGUGGCCGACUAAGUGCCUCGUACAAGUCAUGCGUCUUCGCGCCACAACAUUUCUGGAGGGACUGCGGCCAGACAUGCGACGUUGGCGCCCUCUGUCACAUGGAGACCGGCGAGACUGAAUGUCAGUGUGGCGAGUACGCUAGCAAGGGCUUCUGCGAGACUGAUGAGUACACGAGGACAAUCUGCCCAUACACCUGCAUGAAACGGGCAACUACCUCUUGUGGACCAACUCCCUACUACCCAUUUACAUACCCCAGUCGCAACGGAACGCAGUACUUGGACGUCGUCUCCAUCAAAUGUCGUGAUGGUUACAAAAGUCUCACUGGGUACCCACUCCUUGGCUGUGAUAGGUUUGGCCAGUGGGUUUUUUCAGGAAAUUUGAGGAUAUUCUGUGUCCCAAUUAGACCAAAAAUCACUGAUAGCGUCAGUUCCGUCACGACAACCUUCAUUCUUGCGAGAAGUCCGACCAGCGGCCUGACUCUUGGAUACCUUAGCCACUCAACACAACUCACCCUCCGCGAUUGUCUGGAUCAGUGUCGUCUGGACGGCACGUGCACACACGUGACCCUCGACGAGCAGACGAACAACUGCACUGCCAUGAGCAUAGUGGCAAGACAGCCGCUGAUCUGGAUCAAUGACACCUAUGUUUGGACCAAAUGGCACUGAGGUUAUGGCACUCCGGAAAUGGAAUCACGGGAUCAUGGCUCGACACGGGACAUCACUCUUCAUUGCAAUUUGUGGCGCUAUAGAUUACUUGAGCUCCGGUGCCCCACACAAAACUGAAAAACGAAAAUAAUCUCGAGAUAUAUAUUUAUACAAAACUGGUAUUAAGUCAUUGAAAGAGCAACAAAGAGGAGUCUUUAAGCCAUUAAUUUACGGAUCCGACUUAAUAUUUCCAAACCAAAGUAUGCAGAAAACAUCUAGAAGUAUUUAUAUUCUAUUAACCGAAAAAUCGAGGUAGCACCGGCGGAUCCAUCGAGACAGCAGGGGCGGGUUCCCUGAGGAGCAUUCCCCUAACCUUUGAACUUUAUUUUGCGUGAUCUUUGAUUUAUGUAAAAAAAAAACGUCCCACCUCCUCCAAAACCCUGGAUCCGCUCCUGAGCAGGCCAUCACAGGCCAGGCAGUAACCCUUUAAAUUACCGUUUUAAAUCUCCGUCAUUUCAAUUUUGCUUAUAUUUCAAGCAUCCAUUCUACUGUGUUGUUUUGGAAAAUACCCAAAGUAAUUAUCAGAGCCGUAAACAUGGUUGAAAUAUCUGGUAAUGAACGUUACAUACAGUUCUAUUUUUUUUAAAACUUUCAAAACAUCUGCGCUUUACAGUUAGAAUAUAUGUACACAGAAAGCGUACACAAGAUAAGACAAGAUGACGUCAAUAUAGUACAAUAACUUCCGGUAUGUCGAAGUGUGCACUUUUCAUUCUCAAAGCCUCGUUUCGUCCUUUUCCAUGUCCGACACCUUUCAUUGUCGAAAACAAUAUGAUGCGACGUAAUUCAUUG